UAAAUAAAUAAAUAAAUACAUAUAUAUAUAUAAUUAAAAUUACAAAUCGUGGCAAUUCUCACUUAAAAAAAUAAAAAUAAAUGUUCCUGUCACUUGAAGGCCAUCCCUAGACAGUAUCAUACGUGGAGUACUUACUACUCAGCCCCGCAAAGCAUGAAAUCAUAGGCCAUUGGCAGCAAACAUGGAUGGACCUACGCCUUAUCAUGUGAACUAAGUCAAAGGGAAACAGCAUCUGAGAUCACUUAUAUGUGGAAUCCAAAAUAUGACAAAAAUCAACAUAUCUGUGGAACAGAAACAGAGCCCCAGACAUAGGAAACAAACUCAGGGUUACCAAAGGGGAAAGGGGCUGCGGAGGGAUGAGGUAGGAGUUGGGCCUCAGCAGACACCCGCCGCCGUAUGUGAAAGAGAGAAACGAGAAGCACGGGGAACUAUUCACUGUCCUGUGAAAAGCCAUGAUGGAAAAGAAUCGGCAAAGAACCUGUAUGGGUAUGUGCACAAGCGGACGGCUUUGCUGUAGCCGGAACCUCGCACGGCUUUGGAGCACAGCCUGGGUGGAUACAGGCUUAGAACACACGGACGAAAAGAGGUUUCCCUUCCUGCGUUGUCCUGGGGAGGCGGGAUGAGGCUGUUCUGGUCCUUCCCUUUCCCCUUCGCCCGUAAUGAAGUGCGUCUCUCGCACCCUCUGGGGCUGAUGAAUUCUUUUUUCUUGUGCGACAUCAUGAGGAAGGCAUGGCUUUCAGUGCAGUGGAUGGAGGUCAGGCCCCUGCCAUGACUGUGUUUAGUGAAGCUCAAAUUGUUCCAUCUUCAGCUGGGCUCCUGGGUCCUUUUGCCAACGUGCCUGCGGAGGUGUUUCGCUGUGGAGAGGGUCACUGUGGCGCGGGCCGAUGGCUUCUGGGGUCUCUGUCGCUUGUCCCUCUCCUGCAGAAGUCCAGAGGCCUGCUUCCACCUGCUUAGCCAGGGCUCCAUCACGGCUGCUUUGGGAGGAUCCCACCUCUCAGGCGGAGAUGGAAAACGAGAUGGGGGCCGGCCCGCCUGCUCCCUCGAUCUCGCCCGCAGGCCGCGCUGGAGGGCGCAGCGGCCCAGGGGGCGGCCCGCCCGCCUGCCUUCAGCCCCAGCCCCGAGUCCCGCUGGGCCUGCGACUCGCGGAUGCCCGCGGCAUUUUGGUUCUCCCUGGGUUUUUCCGUCUGCCCGCUUUCCUGCUGCCUGGGAGACUGGCUCGCUCCGCUGCCCCCAUGUCUGCCUGUGAGGACGUCAGCAGAUCCGUGUUGAACGAAUGGCCGUGUCAUUGUCUCCCUAGCGGCGGGCACACCCCCGGGCUGGAAACCCAGUCCCUGCAGCUCUCUGCCCCUCUCGGCAGGACCCCUCCUCCAUGUGCAUCGUGUGUUUUUAAAGGAUGAGAAAUCGGCUUCUGUAAAACUAAGAGCAGUUAAGUUGAAACUCGUUUCGGCGUCCAAUGCGACUUCCUCUUUUCAAAUCAUUUUUGGGAAGUACAGCAAAGUUCCUCUUCACAUUUCCCUACCCAAGUGGCCUUGGGAAAGUCUGGGGCACCCCAGGGCCGCAGGGCCGCCUCUCUCGUCCGCACGGGCUCCUGCUCGGGUUUAGUGGCUCCGCCCCGUCCAGUACCUCAUCCCUCAGCCCAGGAGGACACAGACCCGCUGUUAUUCCGCCCGUCUUAAAAACAAGAGAGUUGGGCAGUGUCGCUCAAGGCAGAACCAAGGCAGGGCUCACCUGCCGGGCCCCGUCCCCUCCUGACAGCUGCCCUGAGCGUGGUCCUUCUAUUUGAAUCAUCAGUGGGGCUUGUGUAGAAAGACAAUCACGCCUCUCUCCUCGCCAGCGUGUCUGACGUUUCUUUUCUCGUUGAGCAGUUCUCUCCAAGGUCAAUAGCCAUUCACACGGGCUAUGGCACAUGAUGGGCCGACAAGGCCUCUGAUUUGAAUGUAUGAUACUGGCUUUUAGAUUUGAGGCCUGGCGCAAGCGCUGGUUCGUGCUCCGGCGGGGCCGGCUGAGCGGCGACCCGGACGUGCUGGAGUACUACCGGAGCAAGCACUCGAGCAAGCCGCUGCGCGUCAUCGACCUCAGCGAGUGCGCCGUGUGGCAGCACGCGGGCCCCGGCUUCGUGCGCAAGGAGUUUCAGAACCAUUUUGUCUUCAUUGUCAAGACCACUUCCCGAACCUUCUAUCUGGUGGCCAAGACCGAGGAAGAAAUGCAGGUCUGGGUGCACAGCAUCAGCCAGGUCUGCAACCUUGGCCGCCUGGAGGACAGGGCAGGUUCCUCGGAGAGCCCCCCGCCACCGGCAGGCGCGCAGCCCUCUCCUGCCAGCCCCCUGCACGCCGCCCGUGCCGUCAGCUCCUCCUCGCCGGGGGGGGACCCGAGCACUGGUACCGUUGCCACUGAGGAAACCAGAAGUGAGUCAGAGUUGCUCUUCCUUCCUGAUUAUCUGAUUCUGUCCAGCUGUGAGACGGGGCGGCUGCACCACGCCAGUCUACCCACCAGAUGCGACAGCUGGUCGAACUCAGACCGCUCACUGGAGCAGACUUCAUCUGAUGACGUUUUUGUGGACUGCCUGCAGCCCCCGCCCUCCGGUAACUUGGGGUGCCCCUCGCACCUCAGCAACGGGUCUCAGGAGGCGCCUUCCACGAGGCCCCAGGCUGCCCUGAUCUGGGGGAGAGACCACUUUUCUCUCCCGUCGCCAGAAACUUCCUUGAAUCCCACCAUCCAGAUUGAUAAAAACCAAGGCUCCUUGCCCUACGGGGCGAAAGAACUAGACGCUCUGGCCAGCAUGCCACCUCCCCGGCCCCCCAAGCCGAGCCACCUCUCUGAACGGCGCCGAGAGGAGCAGGUCCCGCGCAGCCCGGCCCGCAGCAUCAGGAGGCCUGAGUGCGCUGCGGUGCCGCGAAGAGUCUCUCUGUCCGGCUUAGACAACGUGCGAGCCGAGAAAGCCGACGUGGAAGGCCAGGCCUUGAGACACCGAGACAAGCGACUCAGUUUAAAUUUGCCGUGCAGGUUCUUCCCGGCGGCGCAGCCCGCGGCCUCAGCGGGGGCCGAAGAGAGCUACGUGCCCAUGGGCCCCGGGGCUGUCGCCCAGCGCGGGCCUGCUGACUACAUCCCGAUGAGCUCCGGAGGCAGCUCAAGCCGGUGGCCCGAGCUCCCCGCAGACCUGGAGCCCCCGCCCGUGAACAGGGAUCUCAAGCCUCGGAGGAAGCCACGGCCGCCUCCCCUGGACCUGAGGAGCCUCUCGACCAUCCGGGAGCACGCGUGCCUGACCCGGACCCGCACGGCGCCCUGCAAUCGAACCAGCUUUCUCUCUCCGGAAAGAAAUGGUCUUAAUUCUGCGAGAUUUUUUGCCAGUUCUGUUUCCAGAGAAGAGGAAGAAAGCUACAUCCAAAUGGGGGAGAACAGAGCAGCCAGCUCCCCGGGCAGUGGCGUUCUGACGUGGGCAAAGAACUUCAGCCUGGAUUAUUUAGCCCUGGACUUCAACUCCGCGUCGCCGGCCCCGGCACAGCAGAAAGUGUUCCUUUCCGACGAGCAAAGGGUGGACUACGUCCAGGUGGAUGAGCAGAAGACGCAGGCGCUGCAGAGCACGCGGCAGGAGUGGACGGAUGAGAGGCAGUCCAAGGUGUGAGGCCGCCCCGCCGCCGGCCGCGGGCGGGAAGCUCGGCGCCUGCUCCGGGCUGCGAGUCCCGCCGGGCGAGAUGCGCGGAGUCACACCCGCGCUUGGCCCGCACCUCUGGAAGGAAGGCGGAGCGGGAGGAGGCCGCCCCCGUCGGAGCCCGGGGCCGCGGGCCCCACGGUCAGGAGAGGCAGCGCGGAGGCCGCCGCGGCCAUGGACCGCGGCCGGGACAAGGCCAUGCGGGCGGCGUGGGCACGAGCCGGGCAAGACCUGGGAGACCGCGUUCCCGGCACUGGGCGAAAGGCCCUCCCUCGGGGCAGCAUUCGCCCCUCGCGGGGAGGCGCCUGGAGGCCACCUCGCCCCCACGCCUCAAGCCCAGUGGCGGCGGCAGAGGCGGCAGCCCUGCCUCCCAAUCGUCUCCACCCCGAAGGCAGACAAGUCGCGGCCGGGCCCCCGGGCCCCCGACGCCGUGAUGAGCACGUCAGGCCGCACCUCGUCUCCCUCUUCGAGACCUCAGGAGCUGGACUUGCCGACGCCGUUGCCCCUGCUUCGAAGGGAAGAAGACCAAGGGCCGGGCAGGCAGCACUUGCCCGAGGCCACUCCCGGGCCUCCGCGGACCCCGGUGGGUCGGGCAGCCCGGGCAGCGCCGAGUCGUGCGGGAAACAGGGGCAGACUCGGGCGGGGCGCGCCUUCGUCUCCUCCCGCUUGGGCAGCAUUUUGAGCGGGUGCUUUUAGACUUGAAAGGCAUGCGGAUCCAGCCAGGGCUCCUUUGUGUGGUGUUCAAACCGGACGCUGACCGAGUCGGUCGUUCCCAUUAGAAAUACCUCCUGACAGUCAGGGCGAAGGCCUUUGUGGGCUCCCGCAGUCCCCGAGCUUCCUGGGAGCUGCCAGGGCCAGCAGGCUUCGGGCCGCCUUGAGGAAGGCCAUCGCUGGCCAUCCGAGCAGGACGGCGGGUUUUGAGUGACAGUUCUGAUCUGGGAGAAAAAGCCCAACCCCAAACCAGCGACCUCCCUUCUCAGGAUUCCUGGCUCGCGUUGCCCUUGUGCCUCCGUGGGGACGAGGCCCGGAGGCCAUCUCGUCAGCCCUUCCUGGGCUCAGAGGACCCAGACGGAAGGCCCGCUCAGGCUCCGACUUGUACUCAACUCCCCUUCCUGACCCUCUGAGCCCCUGCCGCCAGCACACACAUGUGAACGAAUGGCUGGGUGCUAGGCAGACACUGGCCCUCGAUUCUGUCACUCUCUGCCAGGCAACUGCAGGCUUUGCUGCAGGUUUCAGUGUUUCAAACUGCUCCAAAGGUAAGUGCCAAAGUCUUGCUUUUUCAGACCAUACAAAAGUAAUUUUCGUGUCCAAAGCAGCAGGAUCUGGUGACAUCAUUUUCUUCUCAGAGCAAGAUGGAGGAGAGUUGCCAAGUGCUUUAAAUUAAGAGUCCUUGAUGAGCCCGAAUGCACCAACAAGAGGGCUCCGCACCCUGGGGCCCGCUCCACGUAUGCCACACGGGCCCGAAUCCAGGGCUCCGGACUGCCAGUCCUGUCGGUGGCAGCUUCCUCCUGGGUGCGCCCCCUGUGCUUAGAUCUUGGAUUGCCUGACACAGGCCGAUGCAGAAAAGCUGCCCAAGUGUCAAGAACCAGAUGGAAAAGAGAACACAGCUGAAGUUAUGACACUAAUGAAAUGUCGUCCAAUCGACCAAAAAAGUCUGUCUGUACAAAACAUUUCCAGGGACGUAUUUACAGCACAGAGCAGUAGACACUUGAGUGACUUGUUUGGAAGUCAUUAGGGAUUAAAAAAAUACCUGACUUCACCCUCAUUUCCAGGGUGUGUGAGAUUAUGUGUUGCUUUGAUAAAACUGCUAAGGAAUGGCUACCCAAAAGCAUGACAAUUCAGGGACACAAGAUGAUACAGAGAGUUUUCCAGCUGCCAGCAGCAUAUGCUACUGAGAAAGGCACCCUUAAUCAAAACGAUGCUGGCCAAAUCUUGUUUUCUGGCAGAUAAUCCAUCUGUAGCCAAGGGCUACCAUUCUGGUGGGGUCUGAGGCUUGUUUUUUUUCAUAACAGUAACGAUCCCAGAUACCACCCCAAGUCAAGUGCGUGUCCGUACACCGUGCAGAAUACACCUUUCUGGAAAAUUUGGGAAUCAACAUAACAGGACAAUGCAGCGAUUAAUCACACAUUGUUUUCUGUAGUUCCCUUUUGCUUCAUUUCCUUCCGACUCGUUUCGUUAGGAAAUACCUCCAGAUGGCAGGUUGGGUUAUGCAGAAAGAACAGAAGGGGCUCGACACUUCAAGUCCCUGGGUCCACAAGCCAGCACCCAGCCUGGCUGCAAGUGCGUGGGGUGACCCUGAGGAGGCAGUGUCCAGGCCCUUCACCCUGCAGCAAGCGUCAGCUGAACUGUCACCCCGUGGGUCCAGGUCAAGACUGAAGGCUCCUCUCUGGCCUGGUUUUCCCCUCUCGAGGCCUCCUCCUUGGCCCCCUGCAUACCACCUUUGUAUACACAAGCAUGCUGAUUUUUUAAAAUUCACUGUUUCCACUAUUUCAUUUCUGGCAUUAAUAAUAAAAGUCUUAUAAGAAGGAA